UACAUCUCUGUAGUUCACUCUCUGAAUCUUCACAUCUUUUGUAUCUUAUAAUUGGUAUAGAAGCGAAGCCCAGGUUCUUGAAGAGAUUAUAAGUCAUAUUUCAUCUUGCAUAGAUAGUGUACCUUUACAUGUCGGCACACACCUGGUUGGAGUGGAUAUACAUCUGAAUGAAAUAAUGAACUUGAUGAGCAUCAAGUCAAAAGAUGUUCUCAUGGUCGGGAUAUGUGGACUUGGUGGAGUAGGCAAGUCCACAAUGGUUAAAGCUAUUUACAAUGAACUCUCUUAUCAAUUUAAGAGCAAAAGCUUUCUGGACAGAGUUGGAGACGUUUGCAAAGGCCACCAUGAUCUACUGGAUUUGCAAAAGCAACUUUUUUGUGAUAUCUCACCCAGAGGAAAACGAAAAAUAAGCACUCUUGCUGAAGGAAUUAAUGUGUUAAAGAACGUGCUUUGCCAUGAAAAGGUCCUUCUUGUCAUUGAUGAUGUGAAUUAUAAGGAGCAAUUAGAAAACUUAGCUGGAGGACAUGAUUGGUUUGCUGAAGGAAGUAGAAUUUUUAUAACAUCUAGGGAUAAAAGUUUGCUGGUCCGGCACAAAGUGGAUGAAUUAUAUGAGCUUCCACAAUUAAACUGGGACCAAGCUCUUGAACUCUUCAGUUGGCAUGCUUUUGAUCGAAGACAUCCAUAUGAUGAUUUUUCUAAGCUUUCCAAUCGUUUCGUACAGUAUUGUCAAGGUCUUCCCUUAGCUCUCAAAACAUUGGGUUCUUUUCUAUUCAAAAUGCAACCUGAUGAAUGGGAAAGUGAGUUGAGUAAACUUGAUGAAGAACCUAACAUGGAAAUUUUAGAUGUGCUUAAAGUAAGUUUAAAUGGACUACAAGAUACUCAUAAGGCAAUAUUCCUUGACAUUGCAUGUUUCUUUAAAGGAAAAUAUAAAGAUUUUAUUAUAAAAAUACUAGAUGGUUGUGGUUUUCAUGCGGAGAGUGGAAUAAGAUUUCUCAAAAAUAGGUGUCUUCUAACAAUUUCAAAUGGAAAGGUUGGCAUGCACAAUUUGAUACAACAAUUGGGUCAUAAAAUCGUGCGUGAUGAAGGUCUCAAGAACAAAGGUAUGCGCAGCCGAUUGUGGGAUCAUAAGGAUGUACUAGAUGUAUUGAAGAAACGGACGGGGACCAAUUCAAUUGAAGGCAUAUUCCUAAAUUUAUUGAAACUAAACAACAUAAAUUUAACUACUCAAGCAAUGAAAGGGAUGACUGAACUUCGAUUGCUCAAAAUUUUCUUGGAUUCUGAAGUUGUUUCUGGUGAAGAGGAUUACAAAGUGUGCAUUUCUAGUGAUUUUGAAUUUCCUUCAUGGGAUUUAUGCUAUCUCUAUUGGCAUGGGUACCCUUUGAAUUCUUUGCCAUCAAAUUUUGAGACUCAGAAACUAGUGGAACUCAACUUGCCGUAUAGCAACAUAAGAGAAUUUGGGGAAGGGAAUAUGGUUCAGUUUUCCAAACUAACAGCCGUCAUUCUCAGUCACUCUAAAUACCUCAGAGAAGUCUCAAACUUUUCCAGCACCCCAAAUUUGGAGAAACUAAUUCUUGAAGGUUGUACAAGCUUGCGCGAGAUUGACCCGUCUAUUGGAGAUCUGAAAAGGCUUGGUUUGUUAGAUUUGAAAGAGUGCAAGUCACUGGGUAGUCUUCCAGACAGCAUCUGCAGCUUGAAAUCUCUUAAAACUCUUUAUCUUAGUGGCUGUUCAAAACUCAACUGUUUGCCCAAACACAUGGGAAACAUGGAACAUCUAACUGAGCUUUAUGCAAAUAGAACAGCUAUAGGAGUGGCCCCUCAUACAAUUGGUCUUUUGAGAAAACUUCAAAUACUGUCCUUUAGUGGAUGUAGAGGAAGAGCUUACCCGUUUUUUUAUAUACCAGGUUUAUCCCUCUUAAGGGAAUUAGAUCUAAGCGAUUGUUAUUGGCGGGCUGCAGAAGACAACGGUAGUUUUCGGCCCUUAUAUUCAUUGAAAAAGUUAAAUCUGAGUGGAAGCAGCUUGGAAGGAAGCAUCCCACAGCUUCCAAAUCUAAAAGUUCUUGUGUUGGGGCGUUGCAAGAGGCUCCGAGGAAUUCAGGAAUUUCCACCGAGUCUGGAAGAACUGGAUGCACACGAAUGCGUAUCCCUGCAAACUUCCUUGGCUUCAUCAAGUGAUGUUGUGGAAGGUACCUCACGGAUGAUGUCGCUGCACGAAACUAUAUUAGAGAGGAUUCAGGAAAUGGGAUCUUCACUAACAAUGGAGCUGCCUCCAGAUUGGUACGACCGUGACAACUUCCUGGGAUUUUGUGUGUGCUUUGUCUUUGCUUUCAAGGAUCAAAUGCCUCAGAUCCACGACGACAUAUUAUGUCAGUUGAAUAAUUUUUCAUUUUUCUAUCCCUACUGGGACAAGUGGAGUGGUGAGCAUUCAUCAAAUGAUCCCCACAUGUGGUUGGCAUAUCAACCACGCUCUGGAGUCGAUAUUUGCCACCCUGAGACAUGGAGUAGUAUUCGGGCUUCCUUUGAACUGUCUGGUGUGACUGAUGCGUUGUCGAUAAAGUGUGGUAUUCAGCUUAUCUACGCCUCAGGUCAUUAA